AUGUUAAACGAGAGUGUAUCCGCACAUCCACAAGCAACCAAUUCACACAAUAAGAAAAAACAGCGAAACUAUCCAAACCAAAGCGUUCAGCAGUCACCACAGAUAUCUGACGAGCAACGCCAUGAGAUUAAAGAAGCAUUUGAAUUGUUUGAUACGGAUCAAGAUAGCGCACUGGAUUAUCAUGAACUAAAGAAUGCAAUGAGAGCACUGGGAUUCGAUGAGAAAAAGGCAGAUGUUCUCAGAUUGCUAAAAGAAUACGACAGAAACAAUGAGGGGCUAAUGGUAUUCGAAGACUUUAAUAAAGUCAUGUCUGAACGGAUAGCGGCUCGGUCGCCGUUAGAAGAAAUUCGUCGGGCAUUUGAAUUAUUUGAUGACGAUAAUACUGGCAAAAUAUCAUUAAGAAAUCUACGGAGGGUGGCUAGAGAACUAGGAGAGAAUAUUGAUGACGAGGAAUUGAAGGCCAUGUUGGACGAGUUCGAUUUGGAUGAAGAUGGAGAAAGUAUCCUUUUUGUCUGA